UAAUUAAAGUAAAAAAUUAAUUAAUUAAUAAAAAUGGUUUUUGAAUCAAUCGUCACGGAAUUGUUAAACAAAAUAUUGGGAGAGUAUGUUGAAAAUUUGGAUUACAAGCAAUUAAAAUUAAGCUUGUGGGGUGGUGAUGUCGUCCUCAAAGAUCUUUUGAUAAAAGAGAGCGCUUUAGAUGUCUUGGAUCUCCCAAUAAAGCUCGAAUAUGGUCGAUUAGGUAAACUAAUCCUCAAAAUCCCAUUCAAAGACAUCUGGAACGGACAAAUCGACUGCAUAAUCGAAGAACUCUAUUUAUUAAUAGUCCCAUCAAGCCAAGUAAAAUAUGACCCGGAGAAAGAAGCGAAGUACUCUUUGGACGCGAAGCACGCGGAGCUUGCUCGCAUCGAGAAAAACAAGCUGCUGUUGGAGCAGUCUAAGCAGGCGGAAAAAAUCGACGACUCUAUGCUCGAAAAGCUCCUCGCGCGGAUGAUCAAGAACAUCCACGUGGAAAUCAAGAGCAUCCACGUGCGCUACGAGGACCACGUGACCUUCAAGCCACACGAGUUUGCAAUCGGCUUGACACUAAACCGGUUAGCACUCGAGUCCUGCAACACCUCCUGGACGACCACGGAGAACAUGAAGGACAUGUACUCAAUCCCGCAGAUCUUCAAGCUGCUAACCCUGGACGGGUUCUCCAUCUACUUAAACCCGAGUCUGAUGCAGUUCAGCAAGCAAGCUUCCAGCGCUUACUUAAAGCUGUUCCAUGACUCGAUAGCUACUACAGAGAAUAUUCCUCCGGACUAUCAGUAUCUUUUAGGACCCAUCAACGUCAAAGCUAAAUUGAAGCUCAACCCUAAGCCGGAGACUGAUGGGAGCAACUACCAGAUCCCUAAAAUUUGGUUAGAUCUUGAGAUGGAGAAGCUAAGGAUUGGCUUGACAAAGCGGCAAUACGCCACCUUGCUACAGCUCGGUGAAGGUCUCGACAGAGCGAAGAAAGCAGCGCCGUUCCGCAAGUUCCGUCCCGAUGUUCCAAGUUACCGUGGGCACUACAAAGACUGGUGGAAGUUCACGUACAAAUGCGUGUUAGAGGAACACGUCGUAAGAUGUCGCCGUAAUUGGAACUGGGCGCACAUGAAGGAACACCGCGACCUCUGUCGGGAGUACGCGGAAGUUUACCAAACCAAACUAACCUCUAAAAAGCCUGUUCCAGCGAUAGAAGAACGGCUGACGCACUGCGAGCGACAUCUGGAUCUUUUUAACCUUGUUGUGAUCCGCCAACAAAUAGAACUCGAGGUAGAGCGACUCGCUGAGAAGCAGAAGAGCAUCAAGGCUGAGCGAGGAUGGUUCGGGUUCCUCUGGGGUUCCUCUCAGCAGAAAGAAGAAGAGGAACUCAAUUCAGCUGCUGCGAUUAUGAAAAAAUUCCAAGAUGCUAUGACCCCAGCGGAAAAGGAAAAGUUGUACAGAGCUAUUGAUUAUCAGGAAAAUUCUGCUCCUGCUCACUAUCCGGAACACUAUGAAAUGGUGGACAUGAUGUUCUAUCUUCAUGGAUUGCAGAUUAGUGUUUCUGAUACGGAUAAAGAGGAGCCUAGUGUUCUGGAUGUGGCGCUAAAUGGCGUGCGCAGUGCGUUUAAACUUAGGCCUGCUGCUAAUUCGGUUUUUGUUACUGUCUCGUUGAAGGAGAUGCGGAUGCUUGGGGUUAAGCAGAAGGAUGAAAUACCUGAGUUGGUUCUUAGUGAACAUGAAUGCUCGGAUGUGCUUUUUAAUGUUAGUUAUGAGAAGAAUCCGCUGGAUAAAUCUUGUGGGGAUAGAGUUAUUGUUAAUUCUAAGGCUGUUCAUUUUGUGUAUGAUGCGCAGACCAUUAUUGAAUUAGUUAAAUUAUUCAAGGUAUCAAAUCAAUCCGCUCUAAAUCAGAUCCAGCAAGCUGCUGCCGAAAGAUUAGAAGGCCUGAAGGAAAUGUCAGCCUUAGGAUUGGAAUACGCGAUCCAGAAGCACUCUCAACUGGACAUCCAAGUAGAUUUAGAAGCUUCCCAAUUGAUUGUCCCGCAGAACGGAUUCUACCGCGAAAAGGAGUCGAUGAUCGUGAUAAACCUCGGAAGCCUGAAAAUACACACCCUGGCGAAGCCAAAAGACGAAAUGUCCUCGCAGUCGGUGCGACAGCUGGUCAGCAUGGGCAAGAGCGAGGAAGAUAUCAUGAUGCACUUGCGUGAGCAUUCUUACGACCGAUUCGCCCUCAAAAUUGUCAACUUCCAAGCGCUGGUGGUGACCAAAAACGAGGACUGGAGAGUCGGACUAUCAAUGUCCUCCAGCCCGAUGGUGAUCUUGCAGCCUACUACCUUGGAGAUUCAGUUCCACAAGUGCCUAGUGACCGACGACCCGGUUCUGCCCAAAAUGAGGAUCAUCGGAGAGUUGCCUUCUUUGGCGCUCUGCAUUCCCGGAACUCGGCUCCUGGAAGCUGUUUCUAUUGUCCAGAGUAUUCCUUUCCCUGAAGAUGAGUCUGAGAUCCAGCCUAUGCCUCUUGCUAAAUCCAUGUCACAGCUGUCGAUCAAUUACGUUAAGGAGCUCGCGAAACCGGUUGUUGAAGUUACUGAGGACGUAGUUGUGCAAACUACUGAUCUAGAGGCGAAAUUUGUCAUGCAGGAGUUCACUUUGACGGUCUUUAAAACUGAGGAAGUCAAGCCUUUUAUAAAAGUUGAGGUCUUGAAAGUAGAAGCUGAAAUGACAACUCGUAGCUAUGAGCAGGACAUCAAGCUGAGAUUGGGAGGAAUCCAGGUAACACAGUACCACAAAGACGAGGAGAUAUUUAUGAUAAACACGCCGAUGACCUCUGGACACCAAGUGUAUCUGAUAGUCCUGAACUUCAUGGCCGUGAACAAACGCUCGCCGGAAUUUACGACUCGCCACGGCUCGGUGGUUAAUCUUCUUAGGCUUGAGUUUACUACCCUGGAUGUUCUUCUGCACCAAGAGUCGCUGAUCAGUGUUCUGAAGUAUGUCAACGAAGUUCAGGACAAAGUCACUCCGCGCAGUUCGUUAGAAUCUAGAGUUGCGACCACCAGAGAUAAGUUUUCUCAACUUUCCGCAAUCCAGGAAGACACCUCGAUGUUUUUCAAAGAUCAGCAGAAAAAAGCCAAAGGCAGAAGUAAGAAAGUCGUUGUAGAGUGCAUUGACUUGAAGAUAAAAGCCAAAUUUGGAACCAUUAGUCUGAAGAUUGCCAAUGAGAAGCAAGAAAUUAGUGCAUUCUUGAUUCAAGGGAUCACUGCGGGAUAUAUUAUGAAGGUGUCUUACUCUCAAGCAAACGUAAUCCUAACCUCAAUAAUAAUCCAAGACUUGAACCCGAAGUCAAUUUACAAUAACAUAGUCUCCGUAGAAAGCGGAGAAUCUUUACAAGUCCAAGCAGUGAUUUACAACGUGGAAGCUCACGAAAACAAGAACAAUAUGUCGAUAAAAAUAAGCAUGGGUUGCCAUCGUGUAGUGUUCCUCAACGACUUUGUCUCCCGAGUGAUGAACUUCCUGAACAACUUCCAAGCGGCGCAGGAGGCAAUCGCCGAAGCUUCAGCUGCAGCCGCAGAGGUCGCUCGGACCAACAUAAAAGACGCUCAAGCUUCCGCAACACGAGUCGAACUUUCUAUCAAAUUAAAAGCGCCUGUAAUUUACGUUCCAAUGAAUUCUAAGUCCGAGCACUGUCUGAUGCUAGACAUGGGAGAGCUAACAAUUUACAACAGCCUUAAAUCUCUUAACGUUGAAGAAGAAGAGGCUCCAGUAGUCGACGAAAUGAAGAUAGAGCUCGCUAAUUUGAAGCUAUCGCGCGUUAGACUGACGGAAAACUUCCAAAUGGAGAACGAAAUUUUAUUGUUGCAGCCGGUAAGCUUUGGACUGUUGAUAAAGAGGAAUUUGUCUUCUUGGUACACUUCAAUCCCAGAUAUUGACAUGUACGGAAGACUUAAACAGAUUGAAGUGCUGCUUAGCAAGCAGGACUACGCUAUGAUCCUCAAAGUCCUUGAAGAGAACCUCAACGAGUCUGAUGAGUCUCCAGGUCAGAAAGAAACUGCUCGAGAGCGAAAAGAGAUCCAAAGAACCAGCGCCCGAGAAGAAGUGGACGUUCAAAUAACCGAACGGCAAACUUCCGAGGGUCAGAAAUCAGCCAGAGCUUCGGUAAAGUUCGAGUUCAUCAUGGACAGCUUCGUGAUAAACCUCUUUACCGGCGGAUCCAAGCUACUGCAGAGCAAAACUUCACCCUUGCACUUGCCGGAAAAUGGUCUGGCUCAGUUCGGGCUUACCCACUUUGCAGUCAAGGGGACAAUUUUUGCUGAUGGGUUAUUAGCGACCUCUAUAUUGCUGAUGAACUGCACUCUGGAUGACAAGAGGCAGAACCGACAGGGUCAGCUGACUAGAAUCAUGGAGCGAACUAACCCUCUGACGGACGCUGAGGAAAACUCAAAGCGCAGCAUGUUGGACGUAACAAUUCGCCAGAGUGUCAAUGACAUCUUUAUUGAUGUUAAAGUAUUCUCUUUUAGUAUCAUUGUAUCGCUGGAUUACCUACUGAAGAUAAAGGACUUCUUUACCAUCCAAGCAGUGCAAACUCAACCGCAGGUAACUGUCCAGAAGUACACAGAAGUAAAGAAAAAAGCCGCCGCAAGUAACCAAUCAAUGAUCACCCUAAACCUCCAUAUUGAAAAACCGGACAUAAUCCUAAUGGAAGACAUGGACAACAUCGACUGCAACUGCAUAGUAAUGAAUACCGAGUUGAUAAUCAAAGUCCGACUAAUAGGUGACCAUCAGGUGAUAAACGGUUCAGUUACCGACCUCUCGGUCCUCACAGGAAUAUACAACCCCACCAAGCGCGCUGAUUCUGUUUACCAAGUCCUAAAACCCUUCAGCGUUAGCAUCGCAGGUUCCACUCCCGAUAACAAAGGCUUGCAUAUCGACAUCUGCUGUACCGACAUCCACGUGUCGGUAUCUCCGGGAGUGAUAGAGAUUCUGAGCAGGGUGAUGCGAGGACUGACCUCUAGCGACGAAGAAGCAGACCAAUUCAUCAGACCGGAUCCUUCUCACCAAGGAUUAUGGCUCAUUACUCCCUACGACGAGUCAGAGUACUGGUUCCUGAAGACAGAGGUCGCCACUGAGGCGUUCGAAGAACUGAACUUCGUAGAAGACAGUAUAGUUGCCUACAAACCAGAAUUAGCAAUUAUUUCAGCGCCUAAUAUCCUUCUAACCCUAGAAGCGGGGGUCGGUAACAAGACUCUGCCGAUGCUGAUGCUAAAUUUAGGCUUCCAGAGCAGUGUUAAUGACUGGAGUACCAGAACAAUGAGCAUAGAAGCGACCAUUUCGGUGAUAAUGGCGUAUUACAACAGCAGGCUCGCCCUCUGGGAGCCGCUGAUAGAACCCGUGGAGGUUAUGGGCCAGAACGGCGAGCGGAACUCCAGUUCCUGGGAACUUAAGAGCAAGAUUCAGUUCCACGAUCUCGCACCAGACUCCAGGGGCGCUAGUGCUGUCUCUCCGAGCUGCGAAAGCGAGCCUGAGGAUUUGCACCAGUCAAAAAUGUCAAUUGACAUUGAUUCUUCGGAGAACUUGGAGAUUACCGUCACUAAAACUUGUUUUGAGGUUAUGGAACAGCUUAGCAAGGCUUUUACUAGCGCUAUGGACGCCAAGGAAUCGGUUCCGAGGCUCGCUCCUUAUGUUCUGAAGAACGAAACGGGUCUCAAGCUGACUUUAGACCUCCAAGCGAGUAAUUUUGUUAUUUUGGAUAAGAAUUUACAGCCUGAGGGCAAAGAAGAUGAUAAGUACAAAGAAGUAGUUCUUGAAACUGCCGCUACGAUACAAUUGGCGCCACUGGUUGAUAAAAGAGACUCCGUUAUGCUUGAGCAGAUGAGAACUUCCGUUCAGAUGAACAAUGAUUAUAAUUUGAUGAUCAAUUUUGAUGGAAUUGAUAAUCAGCUGGUAAUUCCGGUGCUCAGGGCGGAUAAAAGGUUCUUUUCUUUGAAGUACAGGAAGGAAAGUUCGGAAGAGUGGGGAAUUAUUUCGGAUGUUGUUGUGGAAAAUGGCAGCACUGUUGUAGCCUUAAGGAGUGUCUUGCAAGUUCAUAAUCAUUUUACUGAAAAUGUUUCGGUUUAUUACAUGACCAAAAGAGGAAAUGAGGUGGAGUGUGUUGGGAAUGUUAAGCCGGAGGAGAAACUUAGCUUGCCGCUUGAUGCUGUUUAUACGCCGACUAAUAUUUACUGGCUGUUCUUCAGUGUUGAGGGGUAUAUGGUCUCUGUGGAACCUUUUGUGUGGAAGGAUUUACAAAAGACUCUUAGUAUGACGAAGUUACUUAAGUGCGAGCCAAGGAAUAAACAGUCCAAGGAACCGUUUUAUAUGCAGGUCGUUGGUGAAAUAGAACAAGUGUAUUUUGAAAAUACAACACGUCAUACAAUGUCAAGUACUAUUUAUAAUAUACAUUUAUAUCCGUCAGUUUAUUUGAAAAAUUUCCUACCAAUUGAUAUUGUUAUAAUAUUGCCUGGUAUGGUGGAAGAAAAAAUUGUUAAAGCUAGUACAACGAUACAACUACCGACUGUUGACUCUAAUAAUUCAAAUAUUAUUAUCAAGCUUUCGCAGUAUCUCGAAAAAGACUGGUCUUGUAAAGGCGACAUCGUAGCAAAUCCUCCUGAAUUUUCCGUUUGGUCUUUCGAAUCAUUCGACAGCCCUUCAAAAGUAAUUAUGGAUUUAGGAAUGCACUGUUCAUUUAAACAUGGGUCUGUCGUAAUGGCGCUUUAUUGCCCCUUUUGGAUGCUUAAUAAAACAGGAUUAAUGCUGGCCUACCGCAAAUCAAGUAAAGGUGGCAAAGAGACGAGUCCAUUCAAGAAAUUAUGUAUGCGGCGACGAAGACGACAAGGUCAUAAUUCCGGGCAUAAAGGGAAAUCGAACCCAGAAGACUACCUGAACGUGAUCUACCACCCAGAGUCCUACAAAGGCCCGAUUUUAUUCUCGUUCCGUUCAAAAGCGUUCUUCGGUAAGAAAAAAGCAAUGGUUCGGGUAGAAGACGGGGACUGGUCAGACAAAUUCCCAAUCGAUGUCGCUGGAAGCAAAGGAGUCGUAGUCUGCCGUUACAACGGAACAGACUACCACUUGGGUGUCCACAAUCAACUGACCUACAAUUCCCUAACCAAGCAGAUAACCUUCACACCUUUCUUCAUCCUAAUCAACAACUCAGACUUCCUAAUCGAGUGCCAGGAAGCUUACCGCCCAGCAAGCCCAAUAAUGCGCGUUCCUCCCGGAGAAGUAAAAGCGCUCUGGCCAGAGUCUGACCAGCCGCGAAAGAUGCUAAUCGCUAUGGCAGCGGGUUCUCCUGAGAAAACAGCAGCGUUCGUCUACACCGAGGUGCACACGACGCUUUUAAAGCUUGACAACAAAUACGGAGGGAUCAACGUCGACAUCCAGAUCAAUGAAGGCGGAACUUACAUCUCUCUGUCAGCUUAUUCUCCAGGAAACGCUCCAGCGUUGAUAAUUAAUCACACUCCCUACACAGUGGACCUCUACGAGAAGGGCUCGAUGAACAUCCGGAGCUUGCAGAGCUUCAACAGGAUGUUCUACACCUGGGAAAAUCCUUCGGGACCUCGGACGCUCCUUUGGGAGGACAACAGCAAGAAGGAGAUCGAGAACGACCUCCGCAAGGACAACCUGGGUGCUUUCACUCUCCCUGAGGUUGAAGAAGAGAUCUUCUAUGUCUCCUUCCUGGACGGAUUCCAGCGGGUGCUUUUAUUCACCAACAAUCUCAAGAUUGCUGAAGAUUGCCAGCUUGUGGGCGACCUGGAGGUCAUCGACCAGGAGAUCACCUUAAACAUCCAUGGAGUAGGACUCUCUUUAGUCAACAAUCUAACCAGAGCUGAGCUGCUGUACCUGAGAAUCGCAAGCUCUGGGAUAAUCUGGGAGACCAGGAAGACAAUCGGCAGCCGCUGGAAGCCUCUGACCUCCACUGAAGUCCUAGUAAUUGAAGAAGGCUACCAGAAGUACCUCCGGGAGGUCCAACUUGGUACCGAGCCGCCAUACCGGGUGAUGCUGGAGCCCAAGUUGAUGGUAGACUUCCAGAACAUGGAGAUGCUAAGGCCUCAUAGAAGGUACAUGCGAAGGACCUUCCAGACUGGACUCUGGAUCCAGUACCGGACCUCAGCGCAUCAAGUACAGCUUCAUGCUAAGAUAAACAGGCUCCAGAUUGACAACCAGCUUGCUGAGUGUGUCUUUCCGGUGAUCUUAGCUCCUGUUCCUCCGCCAAAAAGUGUUGCGAAUUCGGUGAUCAAACCUUUUGCUGAGCUGAGCUUGGUCAAGCGGCUCCUGGAGCACAGCACUGUUCAGCAAUUCAGGUACUUCAAGUUCCUGAUCCAAGAGUUCCAUGUCAAGGUUGAUAUUGGGUUCAUCAACGCGCUGAUGACUUUCUUUGAAGCUAACGAGGUUAAUGACGCUGAAGAAACAAGAUUAUUCGCAGUAGACAUGAAGCUGGUUGACGAACCACUAAUGUACCACGUCGCAAUGAUCACCACAGCCGAGCAAAAGAACUUCUUCGACCUGCUCCACUUCUCUCCCUUAAAAAUCCACGUUAGCUUCUCCAUGACCGGCGGAGGAGGAGGUCCUUCUGCUGUUCCUCAAUUCCUCAAUGUCCUACUUCAAGGAAUCGGAGUCACUUUAACAGACAUCAAUGACAUAGUCUUCAAAUUUGGGUACUUUGAGCGAGACUAUGUGUUUAUGACCAACAACCAGUUGAUCAAUGAAGCUACUAGUCAUUACACCGGCCAGGGAAUCAAGCAGCUGUACGUCCUAGUCCUGGGUCUUGAUGUAAUCGGGAAUCCUUAUGGAUUAGUCGUAGGAGCGAUGAAAGGAGUCGAAGACUUGUUUUACGAACCCUUCCAAGGAGCGAUUCAAGGACCUGGUGAAUUCGCAGAAGGUCUUCUUUUGGGAGUCAGAAGCAUGCUUGGUCACACUGUUGGAGGCAUGGCUGGUGCAGUGUCUAAAAUCACCGGUGCGAUGGGAAAAGGUCUAGCUGCGCUGACCUUUGAUAAGGAUUAUCAGAGGAAGCGCCAGGAGGCGCUUAAUAAGCAGCCCGCUAACUUGCAAGAAGGAUUGGCUAGAAGCGGCAAAGGUCUGGUGAUGGGAUUCGUUGAUGGAGUCACUGGAGUGGUGAUGAAGCCCAUUUCCGGGGCGAAGGAAGAAGGCGUUGAAGGGUUCUUCAAAGGCUUCGGGAAAGGAAUGGUUGGAUUAGUAACAAGGCCCACUGCGGGAGCGAUUGAUUUCGCCAGUGGAUCCUUUGGAGCUGUAAAGAGAGCCACGGAACUUUCUGAGGAAGUUAAGAGAGUUAGGCCUCCGAGGUUCCUCAGGCCUGAUUGUCUAGUAAGGCCUUUUAUUUACGCCGAGGCUGAAGGCAACAAAAUUUUGUUUGAUUUGGAGAAAGGUAAGUACGCAAAUACUGAUGUUUACUUCCAUCAUACCUUCGUCGGGAAAGAUGUACUACUGAUGACGGAUAAAAGGAUCGCGUAUAUUGAGCACAGCGACCUCUUUGGAGGCUGGAAGGUCGAGUGGGGAUACACCUGGCAGGAAAUUACUGAGCCUAGGAUUAUUGAAAAGGGGGUUCAGAUUUCUGUUAAGGAGGCGAGGAAGAAAAAACUUGGAGGGUUGUUUGGGUCCGAUGCUGCGGGGAAAAUUAUUCUUAUUAGUGAUCUGACGGUUAAACAUCAGGUUUUUAAUAUUAUUAGGAAUAAAAUUGAAAAAAUUGAAUCGUAAUAUGUUUUUUUUUUUUUUUUUCUAUGAGACUGCCAUUUUUGAUUAUUUUUUUUUUUUACUUUGCACAAAGUUUAAAAAGCGCGCACAUUUUUGUUUGGUUUUUUUUUUUUACAUUUUUUUGAGGUUAUUUAUUUUUUUUUAAGGUUAAGAAUUUUUACGGCCAUUUUGCGUGUGCGCAUGCGCGUCAAGUCGGCCAUUUUGUUGAAGUAUAGUUUUUUUCUCAGGAAGUUUAAGGAAAAGAUUUAAAAAACAAUCAAGGCCUGUACAAUAACGAAAAAAAAUAAAUAUAUUAUAUAAUAAUUAUUAUUAGUGUUUAUAUUGGAGAAUAUAAAUAUAUCAUAUUUAUAUAGAAAAAGUUUUUGACUAGUUACGGUUAUAAAAAAAAUUUUGUGAUUAGCCGUACUUAGUCAAAUAGCUUUUUUUUCAUUUGUUUUUUAAGCA